UUACAUGAUUUACAUGAUUUUUAUUUCAAUGGAGUUUAUUGCCGGAAUAUUACACAGUAAAUUCCUCACAACAAUCCAUCGCCCGAAGGCCUUCAGUUCAGUGAUUAUAUAUUAAUAGGAUUUUUCGAUGUUUCGGGAACAACAAGAUAAACAGACUUCGGCUUCACGCUGCUUUGGAAGUGCCGAGUAAACUAGUGGCUGCAGAUAUAAUGCUGGGAAUAAUAAAAAAUUUAACGCGCAAUGCAAUAAGAAAAAAUGGUUUGUCCCCUAGAGCAAUUCAAUUGAAUUUGAAAUUCAGAGAUAUUCAGUUUCGGCGAAGUAGCGAGAUGAAAUGCGAGACACCCGAAUAUGUGACUCGAAUUGCUGUUCCCUCGGAUUACCCAUACGUCCUGGACUUCAUGUGCGAGCACUACUUCACGACGGAGCCAGCACUGGUUAAUAUUGGUCUGGCCAGCCAGGAGCCAUCACCUAUUCUAGUGGACAUGAUGCAAAAACAGAUAAAGGAAGGUAUGACCAUUAUUACUCUGAAUGAGAAGGGUUGCAUCAUGGGUGCUGUCAUCAAUGGGGGGACAUCCCCCUGGUAUCCAGAUGAACUCCGUGAAGCAGCCAAUUGCGCUGACAAUAAGGAUGUGGCGAGACUCUUGCGAUUUUGUGCCAAAAUUGCUGAGGCACCCGAUCCCUGGAAGACUCAUCAUACUAAUAAGGUCUUCGAAUGUGCCCAUAUGACUGUUGAUCCGCAAUAUCGGGGCAAAGGAAUUGGUACCAAACUCGUUAGUGACAGCUGGAUGCUAGCGAGGGAUCUUGGAUCUCGUGUCUUCAGAAUGGAUUGCACCAGCAAAUUCACAGCAAAAACAGCUCAGAAAAUUGGACUGGAGUACGUGAUGUCGAUUCCGUUCUCGAGUUACGUAGAAUGCGAUGAAUUUGUCUUCAAAAACAUCAAGAAACCCCACGAUUCAGUGGACAUCUACCUCGGCUUUCCCUCGAAGCCCAAACAAUCGUAGACAAAUAUUUUUUUCAUAAGAUUCAGCAAUCGUCAAAGUUUAACACGACGAAUGAACAACUUCACUAAGAAGCAAGUGCUUUUCCAUUUUAUUAAAUAUUUAACAUCACAUCAUCAAUAAUCACUACGUUUUUAUUUCUCAAUUAUUUCGGCUUAACUAAAAUUUCUUUCACUCGUAUACCCUUUUCGGGUUUUUACGAU